UGCACCUUGCUUUUUCAGGUGCUUUCUGGGGCUGGAACUGAGGUGCUCCUGUCUUUAUGCUUUUGAGGCAAGCACCCUACUGGCUAAUGUGUCUCUCCAGCCCACUUAUGGGGGCUUAGCUGGAAAGCUCAAGACAUGGCUGCCCAGUGUGUCACGAAGGUGGAACUAAAUGUUUCCUGUAACAACCUUUUGGAUGCAGAUGUAACAUCAAAGUCGGACCCUUUAUGUGUGUUGUUCUUGAGUACGAGUGGUCAACAGUGGUAUGAGGUUGAACGGACAGAAAGGAUUAAGAAUUCUUUGAAUCCCAAAUUUUCUAAGACAUUUGUUAUUGAUUACUACUUUGAAGUGGUUCAGAAAUUGAAGUUUGGAAUCUAUGACAUUGACAACAAAACUAUCGAGCUGAGUGAUGAUGACUUCUUGGGAGAAUGUGAAGUCACUCUUGGACAAAUUGUUUCCAGUAAGAAGCUAACUCGACCACUGGUGCUCAAAAAUGGCAAACCUGCAGGGAAAGGGAGUAUUACGAUUUCAGCAGAAGAAAUAAAGGAUAACAGAGUGGUAUUGUUUGAAAUGGAAGCCAGAAAACUGGAUAAUAAGGACCUGUUUGGGAAGUCAGAUCCAUACUUGGAGUUUCACAAGCAGACGUCAGAUGGCCACUGGCUGAUGGUUCACCGAACAGAGGUUAUAAAAAACAACCUCAAUCCCGUGUGGAAGCCUUUUAAAAUCUCUCUUAACUCUCUGUGCUAUGGAGAUAUGGACAAAACCAUUAAGGUAGAGUGUUAUGAUUAUGACAAUGAUGGAUCACAUGAUCUCAUUGGAACGUUUCAAACCACCAUGACAAAACUCAAAGAAGCCUCCAGAAACUCACCUGUUGAAUAUGAAUGCAUAAAUGAAAAAAAGAGACAGAAGAAAAAAAGCUACAAGAAUUCAGGGGUUAUCAGUGUGAAGCACUGUGAGAUUACUGUAGAAUGCACAUUUCUUGACUACAUCAUGGGAGGGUGCCAGCUCAAUUUUACUGUGGGAGUGGACUUCACUGGCUCCAAUGGUGACCCCAGUUCUCCAGACUCCCUGCAUUACAUCAGCCCUAAUGGUGUUAAUGAGUAUCUGACUGCCAUCUGGUCUGUAGGAUUGGUAAUUCAAGAUUAUGAUGCUGAUAAAAUGUUUCCAGCUUUUGGCUUUGGAGCCCAGGUACCCCCUCAGUGGCAGGUAUCUCAUGAAUUUCCAAUGAACUUUAACCCCUCGAACCCCUAUUGCAAUGGAAUCCAAGGCAUUAUAGAGGCUUAUCGGACCUGUCUUCCUCAGAUAAAACUCUAUGGACCAACUAAUUUUUCUCCAAUUAUAAAUCACGUGGCCAGGUUUGCAGCUGCAGCCACCCAGCAGCAGACAGCUUCUCAAUACUUUGUGCUCUUAAUCAUCACUGAUGGUGUGAUCACAGACCUUGAUGAAACCAGACAGGCAAUCGUCAAUGCGGCCAAGCUGCCCAUGUCUAUCAUCAUUGUGGGAGUUGGGGGAGCUGACUUCAGUGCCAUGGAGUUUCUAGAUGGUGAUGGUGGAAGUCUCCGUGCCCCAUCAGGCGAGGUGGCCAUAAGAGAUAUUGUUCAGUUUGUGCCUUUCAGACAGUUCCAGAAUGCUCCAAAAGAAGCACUUGCUCAGUGUGUCUUGGCAGAGAUUCCCCAGCAGGUGGUGGGCUACUUCAACACGUACAAACUCCUUCCUCCCAAAAACCCAGCUGCGAAGUAGGAGGAGCCAGGACAGCCACAGGAUUUCAAUAGCUGUGUGGAGCAAUGCCAUAUCGUACACAGAAUGAUGUAUCUGCCGUCUGUGCUUUUUACCCCCAGGGUAUAUGAUGUAAACCCAGCUUUUUGUAUAUAUUCUAUCUGUUUAAAGUAUCCAUUUUAUACUUUUUGAAGAGGACAGUAGCAAGUCCAUUUCCGCUCAAUGAAUUCAGUGAUUGUUAGUGAUUUAUAGAAAUUACAAGAGAGCUGUUGGAAUUGAAUUUAAUGUGGGAAGAGUGAUGUGUGUUCGUUUGUUGUUUACUUUCUAUAAUGAAAUGCCAUUUUUUAAGUGUUGCCAUUGGAGUGAAUGAGGAUUUACAGGAUGAAGUGGUAUACAGGUUGCUAUACUGUUUAUAGUAAAUAGUUUGCAAG